AUGGCCGUGCAAGCGGCGCCUCUCCCGCCUCCCCAUCACCCCUUCGGCCCUUUCGGCUUCCCGGCGGCCGAUUUCGGAGCGCUGGUGGAGAAGAGCUGCUACGGCGACGGCGGCGGGACGCUGCUGUUGCUGGAAGGCGGCGUCGGCGGGGCGACCGACGGCUCAUGCGGUGCCCUCGACGGUUGCAACAACGAAGCGGCCGAUUUCCGCGAAGCCACCCGGGAGCUGCUGAGCUUCAUCGAUUCGGCGUCCAGCAACAUCAAGCUGGCUUUGGACAAGCCGGGCAAAUCCAAGCGGAAAGUCAACCAUCGGAAGUACCUGCAGAAGCAGAUCAAGCGAUGCACCGGCCUCCUCGGAGGCAACGCGGAGGCGGCUCCCGGGACGGGGCCCGGUUCGGUUCCCGGGCCGGCAGUCGUCGCCGCCGCCGUCCCAGCGAGCAAGCAGCUUCCCCCGCCGGCCAAACGCGAGAGCAAAAGUUUAGCGGCGCUUUUCGACUCGUGGCGCUCGUCGCCUUUCCAGCCGGGCGGAGCCCCGACGACGCUCGUUGCAACGCCGGAUUCAGCUCCCGUCGGGCCGGGCCACGGCGCGAGCGGCCUCCAGGAUCGUGCAGCCUCCGCCUCCGCCUCCGCCGUCGUCCCUCCGGCUCCCUUGGCUUGCAAAAAAGUGCCGCUGCGGAACCGCAACCUUCCCCGUUCUUUCUUCACCGAACCGGCGGCUCCCAACCGGGCUCCCAACCCGGCCGGCUUGGAAGGAGGCGCCGCCGCCGCUCCGUCGGUGGCCGAAGAGCUCUUCGAGUUGCUGACGGCUCCCGAUUACCGAGCCUUGUUGAAGGAAGCCGCCGAACCGCCGCCACCCGUUUUCCCCGGCUCGGCUUUGCAAGCAGCGGCGGAGCUGCCUCUGGAGCCGCCGUUGUACGAGCCGCUGCCGUCGUUGGCGCCUCUGCUCUACGCCGAGACCCCCUUGCGACCCUUGCCGGCCCUCUACGCCGCCGUCGCCGCCGUUUCGGAUCCGUCGGCUCCCUUCUUUGCGGAUUGCCCGCCGCUGCCGCCUCCGCCGGCCAUGCCCUACGAUUACGGCUACAGCCGCGGGGCUCCUUACUCCAGCCUUUAG